AUGAGGUUAUGUGGGAACCCUAAUCGAGUCACAUCUCAUGAAAACGCUACAGAUAUUAAGGGCACCCAUUUGAGGCCGUUAGGAGGUCCGUUUGAGGGUUUGGUAACAUUUGCAGAGUGUAACACUAUGAUGCCGGAUGGAGAAAGUCGGACAAUGACCUUGUGCUUUGAUCUUGUGGUGAAAGGUGCCAACAGAACCGAAGACGGACUGUAUGGGCGCUGGUUCCAGUACCAAAAGUUAUUGUGGAUGUCCUUGAGACUUGAGGAGGUAGAAAAGCGAGUAGAUGUUGCAAUCCGCGAUCCCAACUGCCAGUCAACGAACCCAGAAACAGAGCUCAUAUUCAUGGACAAUGACCUGGUGGAACGGGCCAUCCUACCAGCCUACCCACCCGCGCCAUCCGUGGAUAGGAGGUAUUCCGUUACCCCCACAUUCCAGAGAAGAUGUUCAGUCACCUCCCUAAGAAAGCUCCGAGGAGAUGUUCAGCCACCUCCCCCAGUCAGCUCAGAGGAGAUGUUCAGCCACCUCCCUCAGUCAGCUCAGAGGAGAUGUUCAGCCACCUCCCCCAGUCAGCUCAGAGGAGAUGUUCAGCCACCUCCCCCAGUCAGCUCAGAGGAGAUGUUCAGCCACCUCCCUCAGUCAGCUCCGAGGAGAUGUUCAGCCACCUCCCUCAGUCAGCUCAGAGGAGAUGUUCAGUCACCUCCUUCAGUCAGCUCAGAGGAGAUGUUCAGCCACCUCCCUCAGUCAGCUCAGAGGAGAUGUUCAGCCACCUCCCUCAGUCAGCUCAGAGGAGAUGUUCAGUCACCUCCCUCAGUCAGCUCAGAGGAGAUGUUCAGUCACCUCCUUCAGUCAGCUCAGAGGAGAUGUUCAGCCACCUCCCUCAGUCAGCUCAGAGGAGAUGUUCAGUCACCUCCUUCAGUCAGCUCAGAGGAGAUGUUCAGCCACCUCCCUCAGUCAGCUCAGAGGAGAUGUUCAGCCAACUCCCUCAGACAGCUCAGAGGAGAUGUUCAGUCACCUCCCUCAGUCAGCUCAGAGGAGAUGUUCAGUCACCUCCCUCAGUCAGCUCAGAGGAGAUGUUCAGCCACCUCCUUCAGUCAGCUCAGAGGAGAUGUUCAGCCACCUCCCUCAGUCAGCUCCGAGGAGAUGUUCAGCCACCUCCUUCAGUCAGCUCAGAGGAGAUGUUCAGCCACCUCCCCCAGUCAGCUCAGAGGGGAUGUUCAGCCACCUCCCCCAGUCAGCUCAGAGGGGAUGUUCAGCCACCUCCCUCAGUCAGCUCAGAGGAGAUGUUCAGCCACCUCCCCCAGUCAGCUCAGAGGGGAUGUUCAGCCACCUCCCUCAGUCAGCUCAGAGGAGAUGUUCAGCCACCUCCCUCAGUCAGCUCAGAGGGGAUGUUCAGCCACCUCCCCCAGUCAGCUCAGAGGGGAUGUUCAGCCACCUCCCUCAGUCAGCUCAGAGGAGAUGUUCAGCCACCUCCCUCAGUCAGCUCCGAGGAGAUGUUCAGCCACCUCCCUCAGUCAGCUCAGAGGGGAUGUUCAGCCGCCUCCCUCAGACAGCUCAGAGGAGAUGUUCAGUCACCUCCCUCAGUCAGCUGAGAUGAGAUGUUCAGCCACCUCCCUCAGUCAGCUCAGAGGGGAUGUUCAGCCACCUCCCCCAGUCAGCUCAGAGGAGAUGUUCAGCCACCUCCCUCAGUCAGCUCAGAGGAGAUGUUCAGCCACCUCCCUCAGUCAGCUCAGAGGAGAUGUUCAGCCACCUCCCCCAGUCAGCUCAGAGGGGAUGUUCAGCCACCUCCCUCAGUCAGCUCAGAGGAGAUGUUCAGCCACCUCCCUCAGUCAGCUCAGAGGGGAUGUUCAGCCACCUCCCCCAGUCAGCUCAGAGGAGAUGUUCAGCCACCUCCCUCAGUCAGCUCAGAGGAGAUGUUCAGCCACCUCCCUCAGUCAGCUCAGAGGAGAUGUUCAGCCACCUCCUUCAGUCAGCUCAGAGGAGAUGUUCAGCCACCUCCCUCAGUCAGCUCAGAGGAGAUGUUCAGCCACCUCCCCCAGUCAGCUGAGAGGAGAUGUUCAGCCACCUCCCUCAGUCAGCUCAGAGGGGAUGUUCAGCCACCUCCCCCAGUCAGCUCAGAGGAGAUGUUCAGCCACCUCCCUCAGUCAGCUCAGAGGAGAUGUUCAGCCACCUCCCUCAGUCAGCUCAGAGGAGAUGUUCAGCCACCUCCCUCAGUCAGCUCAGAGGAGAUGUUCAGCCACCUCCCCCAGUCAGCUCAGAGGAGAUGUUCAGCCACCUCCCCCAGUCAGCUCAGAGGAGAUGUUCAGCCACCUCCCUCAGUCAGCUCAGAGGGGAUGUUCAGCCACCUCCUUCAGUCAGCUCAGAGGAGAUGUUCAGCCAACUCCCUCAGUCAGCUCAGAGGGGAUGUUCAGCCACCUCCCUCAGUCAGCUCAGAGGAGAUGUUCAGCCAACUCCCUCAGUCAGCUGAGAUGA